AUGGCAAAACUCUUCAUUGGCGGCCUAGCAUGGCACACUACAGAUGAGACUUUGCGCCAGGGCUUUGAAUCGUAUGGAACGGUCGAAGAAGCUAUCGUCAUCAAGGACCGAGAUACCAAUCGCAGUCGUGGAUUCGGCUUUGUUCGAUUCGCAAAUGAUGCUGAUGCGGAUGCCGCCAUUGAGGCCAUGAACAACCAAGAGUUUGAUGGACGAACGAUCCGCGUUGACAAGGCAUCAAACAAUUCCUCCUCGUCUCGCAAUGACGGUGGCUUCCAUGGCCGUGGUGGAUACAAUCGCUAUGAUAACAGCGGUGGUCGCGGUGGCUACGGUGGAGGUGGUGGCUACAAUGGCCAAGGCGGCCAAGGUGGCCAAGGUGGCCAGGGUGGCUGGGGUGCAAACAACCAGUACUCUUACAACCAAGGCGGCCAAGGUUCUGCUUAG